AUGUCAAGCCAACCUAUCGAACUAUAUAGCGGAAAAUAUUACCUCACAUGCGCUUUCGGAGGUGUAUUAGCUUGUGGCUUAACUCAUACCUUUGUCACGCCGCUUGACCUUGUGAAGUGCCGUAGACAGGUCAACCCUACUAUAUACAAGGGAAAUUUCGACGGAUGGAACAAGAUCUAUCGCGCCGAGGGAUUUCGUGGAUUAUAUACUGGUUGGCUUCCUACCUUUGUUGGAUACUCUUUCCAGGGAGCUGCGAAAUAUGGUUUUUAUGAGAUUUUCAAGAAAACCUAUUCCGAUUUUGCCGGCGAAGAGAAUGCUCACAAAUAUCGCACCACUCUGUAUCUCGCUGCGAGUGCCAGUGCCGAGAUUAUUGCCGACAUCGCUUUGUGUCCAUGGGAAGCGUUGAAAGUCAGAAUGCAGACGUCCACCGAACCAUUCGCUAAGGGUACGGUGGAAGGUUUUAACAAGAUUUUGAAAAACGAAGGUGUAAAUGGCUUCUACAAGGGUCUCACCCCACUUUGGGCCAGGCAGGUUCCCUACACCAUGAUGAAGUUCGCUAGUUUUGAAAGAACCGUCGAAUUCAUCUACAAAACUGUCGGAAGACCGAAGGAAGAAUACAAUAAACUUGAGCAAUUGGGUGUUUCCUUCCUUGGUGGAUACAUCGCCGGUGUAUUUUGCGCUAUCGUCAGUCAUCCCGCGGAUACGAUGGUCUCAAAGCUCAAUAACAUCAAGAAAGCCGAGGGAGAGUCAACCGCCGCUCUUUCCGUCAAGAUUCUUAAGGAUCUUGGGUUCUUGGGAAUCUGGAGAGGUCUUGGUACCCGUGUUAUUAUGAUCGGCACGUUGACCGCUUUGCAAUGGCUUAUCUAUGAUUAUGUGAAGUUGGAUCCCAAACCUUGGAGUCAAGUUGGAUUUAAAGGUGUCCGAAAGUCCGGUUCUUACCUGGCCGAAACUCAGAACGACAUCCAAUGGAUCCUUCGGUCUCACGGAUUAGAAUUUACUGAUGAGGUCGACGAAGCUCUUGAAACCUUAGAUUCAGAAUUAUAUUUUUGGUAA